AAUUUGAAAAAAAAAGAAAACACACACACACACACACACAUACAUACACGUUUCACUAAAAACAUCAUUUAAAUGGAUAUUUAAACUUUUUUUGAGCUUUAACGGUAGCAGGCGCUUACAGCUUGUAGUUGCUAACACUAAUAAAGUAGAAUAGAAAAAAAUAAAAUAAAAUAAAAGUAAGAAAUAGUAAAAAAUUAAAAAAACCAAAUUUAAAUUGAGUUAUUUAUAAACAAUAAUGCAAUUAGUUUAUUUAGGUAGGUAAUAAGUAGAAGUAUGAUUUGUCGUACUCCAAACGAACUUCGUAGCUUUAGUUGUAGCUUUGUCUUUUCUAAAUCGUAUACUAGUACGUUACAUGCCUAUAUAGUAGUAUUACUUUGUCGUAGUGCUCUCAGCAAUAUUUACACCUCUUAUUCACAACGAUUUGUGCACAUCACUAAUAUUUUAUCUUUUUUCCACAAAAUUUCUCUAUUCCUUUCUACAGAAAAGGGUAAUUAUGAAGGUUUUGAUGGUCGUUAUAAAGGUAUUAAAGAAGGUCAAUAUGUCCCGGACAAUUCGGGAAAAUAUGUUCACAUUGAAGGUCCAACUGGUCCACCAGCUCCACCAUAUGUGCAUAUAGAGGGACCUGAUGGCGGCUUCGGCGGUAACGGCGGCUUUGGCGGCGUUGGCGGCAGAGGCGAUGGCGGCGGUGUCGGACCAGGCGGCCCAGGCGGACCUAAGGGACCCGGCGGUCCGAAGGGACCUGGCGGCCCAAAGGGACCACCCGGCCCACCUGGUCCACCAGGACCACCAGGACCAUUCGGCCCCACUGGACCCGGAUCUAAGGGACCAUUCGGCCCACCCGGUCCACCCGGUCCACCCGGACCAACUCGUCCCGGCCCAGGCGGCCCAUUCGGACCACCAGGCCCACCCGGACCCACACGUCCCGGUCCAGGCGGUCCAGGCGGUCCACCCGGACCCACACGUCCCGGUCCAGGCGGUCCACCUGGACCACCAGGCCCAUCUCGCCCAGGCGUAGUAGGACCAUACGGCCCAACACGUCCCGGCCCACCAGGACCACCAGGACCACCAGGACCCGAUCGUCCAGGCUCACCCGGACCACAAUCACCAUACCAACCAUUGAGACCUGGCGCACCAAGUGAUCCUAGGGAUUCGAAUAAGAAUACACCCGGCUACUUGCCACCUGUCUCGAAAACUGGUAAAAUAACGCAACCAUUUAAAUCAUCAUCAUUAGUUGUAGAAGGUGGUGAGAUACCCACGAAAACCACACAAACCACCACUACAUCUUUUGUGCCAAAUUAUGGUAACAAUAAUGAUUAUGCACAAAAGAAGGUCACCACAACCACUACUAGCACCAAUACUAAUACUAAUACACAAUUUAAUAAUAAUAGCAAUAAUGUUAAAACUCCAUUAACCUAUAUUCCUCCUUCUUCUCCCCCCUCUCCUCCCAAAAAACUCACCACCACCACCACCACCACUACUACGACCAACACGAAUACCAAUACGAAUACGAAUAAUCCGCCAACAUCUUAUCAACAAACCAAUAAAUACUUACCACCGAAUCGCGGACCUUUAACGGAUACUUUCAACCGACAGCAAAGCUCGGUUGAGAAGCAACAACCGCACAAGACUAUAACUACAACAACUACGACAAAUACAAAUACAAACAACGGCAAUAAAUACGGACAAAACUUUGACACGAACGCGUACCAGCAACAAAACCAAAAGACGGUGGAAAAGGUAACAACAACAACAAGCACUUUUGAUACCAAUAAGAAUACAUACACAAACACGGGACAGAAGUUCAACAGCAACAUUGGAGGCGGUGGCUCCGGUAGCGUCACCCAAACUCCGGGAUACCAAAUUGGUCAGAAAAUAACUACCACAACGACUGGUACAAAUACAUUUGGACAAAUUCCCGGUUUCUAUAAUGGACAGAAAGUUAACGAUAAAGUAGUCGAAAAAAUCACUACUACAAUAAACGACGGCCGCGUGCCCGGUUAUCAGACCGGUCAGAAAGUUGUUGAGAAAGUGACCACCAAAUACGAGACCAAUCGACAACCGGAGCGAAAUGUUGUGACCAAUACGAAUACCAACUACCAAACGCCACGCCCCACUUUUCCACCAACAGAACUGAAUAACGAACGACAAUGUGCCUGCGAAGCAGAUAGAAUACAUUCAUCCAAACAACAACAAACCACAACCACUUCCUUUGGUAAACCGGCGUCGAAUAGUAAUCAAUUUAGUAAGCAACAACAAUUCCAAACCACAACAAUUGCAGGCGGUCAAGCCAGCUUUGGUGGUAUAACCAACGCAAUGUCACUGUUACAACAAUUACCAGUCUUUCCACAAGCGCCCGGUUAUGCGGCAUCCUAUGCACCGGAAAAUAUACCCAAAGGUGCAAUUAUAGCAUUCAUGCCGGUAAUUAUUUUGCCACAAUCGGCUUAUGAGCAAUGCGACAACAACAAUGCCAUACACGCGAAUGACAGAUAUCAACAACAAAAUGUCGAUCCCUUCCCAUUGGGUGUGCAGCCCGCGCCCAUACCGUUCAGCUUCAGUCAGAUUACGGGUGGCGCACGCAAAGAUCAGUGCAUGUGCCCAUGCUCCUGUACACAGAACAUACCAGAUAAGUUCCAUAAGAAACGUGACAUUGACGCAACGGAAGGACUGAAUGCAACGGCAACGGACGUGGGUGAGAAAGAGAUUGCUGCUAGUGCGAAAUCGAGCGAUGAUAGUGAAAAGGAGACGCUUGUGGCGAAAGCGACGGAAGCAUUAGAUGUCGAAGCGCUAAAGGCGGUAGAGAAGGACGAUGAAAAGGAAGUGAGUAAGAGCGCAGAAAAAGAGACGGAAACAGCGGUAAAAGGAGAUAACAAUAAAAGUGACCUUGUUGAGGCGGCAGCGACGCCGGUGACGUCGACAGCAGCCAAGGUUGGCGAAUCGGCGGCGCAGGACGAAGUUAAAAUCGAGAAGAGUGAAAAGAUCGAAACGCCAACCGAAACAGUGGUCGAAGUGGAAAAGAAAGACUAAAACGACACAGUGACGUUAACAUAACGAACAGAACGACGACGAUACGAAUAAAAAAAAUUGUCAUCUCCAUUUAAAUCAUGCAAGAAAUUUUAUUCAAAUCAAGGAUGACAUUAACAAGAUAUCUGAGGAUAUACAUGAAUGAAAUCAACGUCGUCCGUUAUAAAUUUUAUAUACAUAAAAAAAACAACGUCAACAACACGACAGCCACCGUUCCGUUCCCGUUCCCGUUCCUGUUCCCGUUCCUGUUCUCGUUCCUGUUCCUGUUCCUGUUCCCGUCCCGUCCCAUCCUGUACACCCGAAACACGCUUGUUUCUUUUUGCUCAACCGUCAAUACAAAUGCUGUUGAAAGCAUUUCGAUAGUUGUGUACGUGUUCCUGCUACCGUUCGUGCAAGCGUAUUUGGCAGCUGUUUCACUUCCUUACCAGCAUCCUAGUGCAGUGAUAACUCCCGCAUCCUUACCGCAAUCCUGUCCAACACAAAUGGUUUCCACAUCCUUACCGCAAUCGCUCGUCAAUCCUCAAACAUCCGGAAUCCUUAUCCUAACGCCGACAUACCGAGUAUAUCCUGUUCCUAAUUCCAAUCCUGCUCCCGAUAUCCAGUUGCCGCUUUUGUGUUCAUGUCUUUACGAUGUUUAAAAAAAAAAAGAAAAAAAUUAAAUUUUAUGCACUAUUGUAAGAGACAACGGAAACAUGUUUAAAGAGGACCGUAAGAGAGAAAGAGAGAAAUUUCAAUGAAGAAAUAAAGUCGCAAAAAAUACUCUUAGCAUAUAAUAUACUAUUUUAACUAUGUAAAUUAUAGUAUAACAUUUCCUUCCUCUCUCGAACCGUUAAUUAAAAGUGUGUACUCAUUUUAUGAAAAUGUUAAAAAAAAAAAUUGUUGAAUUGUUUUUUUUUUUCGUUUGCUAAAAUAAUGCUUUUUAUAUGUAACGCUCUUCUACUAUCUGUGUAUUUAUAUAUAUAUUGUAAAAUGAAGCCAGUUAGGAAUGUAUGAGGCAUGUUCCUCUAGUUCAUUGAUAUAUCCUUAUAUUAAUAAGCUACAUUUUUAGC